UAUGAUAGUUUAUAUAAUUGGCAUCCCCAUACUCUUCUUCUCCACCACUUCUCUUCUUCUCCACCAGAUUUUCCUCCUCUACUCUCCUCUUCUCUCCACACACUCUUCGUCGACAAAUUAAAUCCAACCCCGACUCGAAAAAUGGCUUCGUCUCUCAAGAAUCCGCUCCAAAAAUGGCUUCUCCGACGACGGCGCCGCCCAAAACAUCUCUCAAGAUAUCUCCAGAAGAUCGAGCAGCUGAGGAAAGGAGGCUACGACGGGCCUUUAGGGAUCGGCCUCCAGGGUCAUGUCGAAACUAAAGUGCCCAAUUUCCCGUACAUUAGGGCCGCCAUCGCCAUAUUCCACACCACUACAUACUUCGACGUACGUAUUUGGCCAAGCGCUAAUGCCAUCUCUAUAGGUAUUGUGGCACAAAAGAAGCACCAUUCCAAGAUUUUCCGACCCAACUCUCCUCACAACGUCCCUCUAGGAACUGUGAUUGACAACGGAAUCUGUCAUCCUAUAAACAAUGACUUCUACAUGUGUGCUCUUGCCACCAUGAUGUGAUGUGCAGGGAACAACAAGGCCUACGCACUAGUCUACCAUGUUCUGUACGAUGAGGUUGGCUACUCUCCUGAUGAUUUUCAAGAGUUUGUCCUCACCUUGUCCUAUGUGUAAGAACAUAUAUCUCCCAAGUCUCUUGAAUUGAAACCCUAUAUGUUUAUGUUUUAGAAUUUCUAAUCAUACAUUGGUACUAACAUGAAAGAUCAUUACAUUUGUUGCAGCAACCAGAGAAGCACUAAUGCCAUCUCUAUAGGUAUUUGUAGUUAAUUCAAUUAUACGUUUAUCUGAGUGGGAUUUAUCAGACCUUGGAUGUGGGGCCAUAAAAUCCUAUGGGACGACCCCAACCCCAUAUUCCAACCGGUGUGGCUGUAGCGGCGUCACCAACAAUGGGACUGACAUUUUCAAACCCGUCCAGCCGCUCAACCCUCUCCCUAUCUCAUUCAUCAACGUGAUCGAGGCUUGCUCCCUCCAGAGCCCGCUAUCCCCUGGAGGUAUUUCCAGAAAGAUUGAGCAGCUCAAGAAUGCCGGCUACAAUGAUCCUCUAGGCAUUGGUCCUGAAGGCCCAACUUCUCGUACAUUAUAAGUGAGCUACCAGAAAGAGAAGGCAUUGUAGUAAGGAUCGAGACUGCUUCCUAAUUAAAAAUCAAAUCAAGCUGAUGGUAUUAAUUACACGUCAGAGAAUUAUGCGACAUAUUUGAUUUGCUGACUAUUUUGGUGCACAAAUGUAUCAAAAUAGUCAACAAAUCAAAUAAGUCACAUAAUCCUCCUGUCUGCAAUUAAUAUCAUCAGCUUGAUUUGAUUCCUCGAAGCAAUCUCAAACUUACUAUGGUGCCUUCUCUCUCCGGCAUGACCUUAGGAUGGCUAUUUGCGUGCUCACCUUUGUAUUAAAUAAUUAGUUGGUUGUUGUUGAUGUUAUAAGAUCUCCUUAUAGUGUUUAAAUGAAAAUCAGCUUUAGAGAGGACAGAUAAUUAGCUAUAAAACCAUUGAGGUCACAAAUUUUACUCAUUUUUUAAAUAAAUUUGAGGCUUUCAAUUAAAUUGUCAUGAUUCCGAAGAGCUAUGUUUGUGUAAAAUUUCCACGAAAAGAAUUUUAUCAUUUUGAUUGUUUUUAAAAAUCGUCUAUGUUUAUGUAUCAUUAAAAUUGUUAAGAUGCACGUGUAUGAUGUGAAUCAAAUUGUACAUUUUUAUUCCCCUUACUUUACAUGAUUUAUAUAGUUUGAUGCUUGCAAAAGUAUGUUUUGUGGUGUAGGAAGAGGAAUGAAUGGUGAAACAAGGAAUGAAGCUCGGAUGUGAAAAAGUUGUGCGAAAAUUCCAGCAAGUACAAGAAAUUGGCCACCCGGCCGGGUGAUUUUACAGUUGUAAAAUUCUACCCGGCCGGGUAGUUUAUUUUAACCGUAAUUCCAGCAAUUUCUCGGACAGGUUCAUGAUGGAAAAGGAGAGAGAAGAGGCGGUUUGGCUGGGAAAAAAAACAAAGAAAAUAAAAGGCUGCAGAAAAAAAAGGAAAAGGGAUGGAUGUGACGGUUUCUGUGGGCAGAAUGUAGGGAGACGUUUCAGAGGGGAAAAAGAGAGAAAGGAAGUAGAGAAGAGGAAGAAGAGAGGAGGAAGUUCCGGCCAACUUUCCGACAAUCCGACUCCAAAUCUCCAUUCCACUCAACGAGAGCUCGAAUCCUACGGUUUUCUUUGUUAUAUUUACCAUGUGUUUAUGCUAGGCUCUCAUUGUUGCUCCAAGUUGUAAUCUAGGCUUGUACGGAUGUUUUUACACCAUCAAUAUCAUAUGUUUGUGUCCUACAAUGUGCUUAAUUUUAUUCACUAUGUUUUUGGCUAA